AAUAUUUCAUCCUUCGCGAGCAGUAGUCAGUCGCAUCGAAUGCAAUGAUGAUAACAGCUUUGUGUCUUUUUAGUUCAUCGCGUUAAAUUGUUAUUCUCUGCAGGAUGUUUCAAAUAAUGCAGAUUUGCGCGACUCAAAACUGCCUCAGGGCAAUCGCUAAUCGGUCCUAUUGUACACCAGUUGUUAACAUAUUCGACAGGAACGUAAAGCGGCUACAGCGAGAACGUGCCGCUAAAAGCGCGGAUGUUGAAUUGUACGACUACAUCAAGGAGGAAGUUGGCUACCGGAUAUCCGAUCGAAUCUUCGAUGUGAAACGAGUGUUCACCAAUGCAGUAGAUUUGGGGGCCAGCCGAGGAUAUGUCACGAAUCACGUGCUGGGCGAAACGGUUAAAAGAUUGACCGCAGUGGAUCUCAGUCCAUCCAUGUUGGCCCAUGUCAAAGGCACACCCGGGUUGGAUUUUAGUGUACGGGAAAUGGACGAGGAAAAGUUCGACUUUGACCCUGCCAGUUUGGAUUUGGUAGUUUCGAGCUUGAGCCUUCAUUGGGUGAACGAUUUACCGGCUUGUUUUAGAGCUGUGAAUAAGGCUUUAAAGCCGGAUGGUGUAUUUAUCGGUGCAAUGUUUGGCGGAGAGACAUUAUACGAGCUGCGAUCAUCAUUACAUCUAGCUGAACAGGAGCGAAGAGGUGGCCUUUCCCCACAUUUGUCCCCAUUCACUCAAAUACGGGAUGUAGGAAUGCUGUUGAAUAGAUCGAAUUUCACAAUGCUGACCAUCGACACCGAUGAGAUUGUGGUUGGCUUUCCAUCCAUGUUUGAGCUGAUGUGGGAUUUGAAGGGAAUGGCCGAAAGUAAUGCAGCUUUCAACAGACCAUUGCACAUAAGUCGAGAGACACUGAUGGCAGCGGCUGCCAUUUAUAAGGAUAUGUAUGGAAAGGACGACGGAGUGACUGCAACUUUUCAAAUAAUUUAUUUCGUUGGCUGGAAACCUUGUCCAAGUCAACCAAAACCUUUGCCUCGGGGGUCGGCAGAUGUGUCUCUGAAGGAUUUAGGCAAAUUGAUGGACCCUAAACAUGUCAGCGACAAAAAAUGAGUUGAUUCUAUAACCAGAUAAAUGUUUAUUAUUUCUCUUAGAAAGAAAUAUGUAAAAACCAAUAAAAUAUGAAGGUUGAGUUAAAAAAAAAAAUGUUUCAUUGUAUGUAUAUCUUCGAACAGAAUCGCUGUUUUAAACUAUGAAUACAAAAUAUAAAAGGACACUUCUAAACACUACUGUUCGAUGCCUUAGAUAACUACCAGUUUGGGACAAAGUUCAUAUUCUCGCUCCAGUCUUUUUUCUGGUCCCAUAAUAAUUAUGCGAAAUUUCAGCUCGAUCGGUGAUAAUAUAAUUUAGCGCCAGGCGUUCAAAGUUUGCAUGGCAUUUACUAUGGGAAAACUCAUUUUUGCAAAGAAUAAUCGCCAAUUGAUCUCUAUAAAAAUCCAAACGCAGUCAUCGCGUCGAUAUUACCGUCGGGUUGGCGACAUCUUGUUAAGUGGUUAAGAUACCUACUGAGAUACUCGCAAAAUAAAAGUGUCAUGCUUAAUUCGCCUUUUUGGGCUUAUAGGGCUGUUAUACGGCUGAUAUAGGGCACAUCAGUUCUAUAAAAGCCCUAUAUUAGCACUUUCAUGCUCACAAGUGCCGCCUGGUGACGGAAUUCCGUGUCUGAAUGACCACCUCAUGUCAGACCUUGAUCUCCUGAACAACUGUACCGAAGAUGAUUUUUCUGUAUUUAAUCUAGAUCGCGAGAUAUAUUAUGUUGAACAAGAAAACCCAAGGCAGUUGUACAAAGUGCAACGCCCGUCUACUCGCGUUACAAAAAAUUUGCGCGACAACCGAAAGGUUAAAACAUCCUCACAUAUUAAUCGUAGAACAGAUUGUUUGCGGGUGAUUGUAACAUCAUCGAUUUUUAAUAUUUGAAUAUAAAGCCCAGUAUGCUCUCGAUUCGAGCGUAAAUAGCUCUGACCAUAAGACUUCAUUUAUGGUAACACCACGUAAUACUUUUUACUUUCGCAUUCGUAGGCGGGGCAAAGUUAGCACCCCACG